GAUUAUGGCUCACUAUUCCAAAGAAGAGCUGGAUGAAGAGUUUGAAAAGUUCAUGAAAGAGCUUUCAGAUGAUUCUUUUGAGAAUUCAAACAAAACACCUAGACAACCUGAAAGAGAAGUGAAGAAGAAAGAUGCAUUGCCAUGGUGGAUAACUGAAGAUGAUUUUGAAGAUGGUGGACAGCUUGGAACAAAUGUAAGCUAUGUGAAAGCUAAGAAGACUUCUCAGCCUAAUAUGGAAAUAGAAGAGGAGUGUCCUGAAAGGAUUCAGUUUCUUCAGAGCAGUGGAACCUCUAUCUUAAGUAUUGACAGCUUAGAAACAAAUGAGAUCAUAGUUUCUGAACUCAAUCAUAGUGUUCUUGGAUUGGGAUUGGACACAUUAGAGGAACAAGAGGAAAAGGAGCAAUUUUUUGCCAGGCUUGAGGAAGGCUUAACAUCUUCCAUUGAUUAUUCAAGAUUAAAUAAGGAAUUGGAUUCUAAUGACUCCACACAAUUUAAAGCUUUACAUAGUAGUCAAGCUAAUGUAGAACUAACUGAAGAUAAACAUGAGAAUGAAUUGAAACAUGAACUAACAGAAAAUUACAGUGAUGAUUUUGAAGAUGAGGAGGAUAUUGAUGCACCUUUGACCACUAAAGAAGAGACUAAUUCCAAAGAAAAUCCCAAAUCUGAAAAAAUACAUGUACCCAAACAGGAAGAAGAGAAAACUGGCAUGCUGGCUAACGUGGUACUGCUUGAUUCCUUAGACUCUGUUGCAGAGGUCAACCUUGAUGAACAGGACAGAGCAACUAAGCCAAAGUCCCUGCCAGAAAUGACUGAUAAUGAAAUGACAGGAACAGGUGUUUCUUAUGGACAAAGCAAUAGUGACAUUGAAGCUCUACAUCAGGCUUAUUGUCAGGUAGCCCAGUCUUUGGGAGAUACAGAUGAACAAAGGAUUGAGAGUAAUGCAUUGGAAAAUAUCAAGAGCUCAGUGAAAGAUUAUCCUCAAGAAAAUGAAGAGUCCUCUAAAAACAUCUCUACUACAGAAUCUGAUCUGCCCACGGUAGAGGAGUUGAUGAAACCUAUCAGAAUAGAUUCUUUUGGUGUCAGUGGUUUUGAUUUACAACCUGUCAGCUAUAAGAAACUGGCUGAUAGUAAAGAAACUGAAUUUGUUAGCCCUAUACCCCUUAAGAGGAACCCAAAUAUUAUAUCUCAAGAACCACAAAAUGUAAACCAACUUUUUGACAAAAAUGAAGAGAAUGUGGUUUUACAAAAGACAACAAAUAAAGAUAGAGAAAAUAGCUGUCUAGGAGUAAAUGCUACGGAAGAACACGUAGAUAAAAUGUACCUUGAUAUUUUGAGGAAAAAAAUAUCUGUUGGUCCUCCAUUAUUGCCUCCGGAUGACAAAGUAAAUAAAACUUUUAGAUCUCAACUCAGUUCUGGCGAAGAAGGGGCUGUAACUGGUAAACAUGAACCACACAAGAAGGCCAGAAGUGCACCUCCUGUACUUAAAAGAAAACCCCAGAGUGGAUUAUAUGCAUCAGUUAGGAGCUCAGGCUAUGGCAAACCCAGUUCACCAUUCAAGUCUUUUUCUACUCUUGAAAAGAAAACUUCAAAGGACAUUAUGAAAAGUAAAACUGUGAGACCCAUUCCUACUUCAAAUCAAGCUAGGAAAAAAGAAAUCUUAUCUGAAACAAAAGUCAUCAAGCCUGCAGCUCUGGGUAAACCAGCUCCCAAAAUUGAAAAUUGCCUGGCCACCCCUAAGAAGGCUGAAGAUUCUACAGAAACCGAUUACGGUGUUCAGUUUCAGAAUGAUUCUUCAGGAUACUGUGGUGGGAACAAGGAGACAGAGUUACUUAUGUUUAAAAGAGUUCAGGAAGCAGAGGAAAAAUGGAGGGGUGCACAAGCCCUAAUUGAGCAAAUUAAAGUUACAUUCUCAGAAAAAGAGAGAGAGCUGGAAAAUAAGAUGGAAGAACUAAGGAGACAACAGGAAAAGGAACUCUUCAGACUAAAUCAAGAUAAUUAUAUUCUUCAAGCCAAGUUGAGUAGCUUUGAAGAAACAAACAAAAAGCAAAGAUGGUUACAUUUUGGAGAAACAGCUGAUCCUGUCACUGAAGAAAAAUUGAAGCAAAUUCAAAAAGAAAUACAAGAACAAGAGACACUUCUUCAAGGAUAUCAACAAGAAAAUGAACGUUUAUAUAGUCAAGUGAAAGAUCUGCAAGAACAAAAUAAGAAAAAUGAGGAGCGAAUGUUCAAGGAAAACCAGAGUUUAUUCAGCGAGUUAGCUUCCUUAAAAGAACAGAUGCACAAAAGUCGUUUCCUAUCUGAAAUAGUUGAAGAUUCAGAACCCACCAAAACCCAGAAUUUUACAGAUCUGUUAGCAGAGCUACGGAUGGCACAGAAAGAAAAAAACUGUUUAUUGGAAGACAUCAAAAGACUGAAGCAAGACAAACAAGCUCUUGAAGUAGACUUGGAAAAAAUGAAGAAAGAGAGAGACCAAGCCAAAGAUCAGAUUGCUUAUGCCACAGGUGAAAAAUUAUAUGAAAUAAAAAUUUUAGAAGAAACACAUAAACAAGAAAUCAGUCGCCUGCAAAAAAGAUUACAAUGGUAUGCUGAAAAUCAGGAACUUCUGGAUAAAGAUGCAUUUCGGCUUAAAGAAGCAAAUGAAGAAAUUGAGAAGCUCAAACUUGCGGUUGAGAAACUGAAAGCUGAAUCUGGAAAUCCAUGUAUUCAGCAGAAGAUACGUUUAAAAGAGAAAGCAGCUGAUGCCAAAAAAAUUCAAGACCUAGAGCGACAAGUUAAGGAAAUGGAAGGAAUUCUAAAGAGAAGAUAUCCCAAUUCUUUACCUGCUUUAAUACUGGCUGCAUCAGCAGCUGGUGAUACAGUGGAUAGAAAUACAGUGGACUUUAUGGAGAAAAGGAUAAAAAAACUAGAGGCUGAUUUGGAGGGCAAAGAUGAAGAAGCAAAGAAAAGCCUUCGUACCAUGGAACAACAGUUCCAGAAGAUGAAGAUCCAGUAUGAACAGAGACUAGAGGAGCAGGAGCAGCUACUUGCCUGCAAAUUGAAGGAAGCACCCCAGAACCAGCCUGACAGCUCCUCCAGGGUUGAAGCACUAGAGAAGGAGCUCGGCGACAUCAAGGAAGCCCAUCAAAUCACUGUAAGAAACCUUGAAGCUGAAAUAGACAUUCUUAAACAUCAGAAUGCUGAAUUGGAACUCAAGAAAAGCGAUAAAGAUGGUAACGAUUUCCAGUCUAUAGAACUCCAGGUAGAACAGGCUCAUGCUAAAGCUAAACUGGUGCGACUCAACGAGGAGCUGGCUGCGAAGGGGAGAGAAAUACAAGACCUUUCAAAAACUGUGGAGAGGCUCCAGAAGGAGAGAAGGAUGAUGCUGUCUAAUCAGAACUCUAAGGGUAGAGAGGAAGUGACUGCAAAAAGGGGGAAGAAAGAUGGUUUGCAUUCAGGUAAAGGAAGUGCUAACGCAUUCCCUGGAACCCUGGAUGGCAAGCGUUACCAACCACACACUUUUACUGAUUCCCAUGUUUCAGAGGUUUUACAAGAAAACUGCAGAUUGAAAAAUGAACUGGAGAGAUUAAUUGUGGAGAGGAAUGAGCUGAAGAUGAAAUCUGAAGCAGCAGUGACCCAAUUUGAAAAUUCCAUGAAAAGGGUCAAGGAAGAUACUGCAGCACACAUUGCAUCUCUCAAAGCAUCUCAUCAGAGGGAAGUAGAGAAACUCCUUUGCCAAAAUGCAGUAGAAAAUUCUUCUUCCAAAGUAGCUGAACUAAAUCGUAAAAUAGCAACUCAAGAGGUACUUCUAAAACAUUUCCAAAAUCAAGUUAACGAACUGCAGGGUAAACAGGAGUCUCUGGUAGUUUCUCAAGUUCGAGAAGAAAUCUUACAGAAAGAGAUUACAAAACUCCUAGAAGAAUUAAGAGAAGCCAGAGAAAACCAUACACCAGAAAUGAAACAUUUCAUGGGCUUAGAAAAGAAAAUUAAGCAGAUGGAAAUGAGACAUGAGCAAAGAGAGCAGGAACUUCAACAGAUAAUACAGCAAACACACCAAGUAGUAGAAACUGAGCAAAGCAAAGAAAUUGAGAAAUGGAAAAGACUUGCACAGUUGAAGAAUCGUGAGUUGGACAAGUUCCGCACAGAAUUAGACUCAAUAUUAGAUGUUCUUCGAGAACUGCACCGGCAGGGGGUGGUUGUGCCGGUUGCUUUUGCAGAGGAAGUGAAUGCAUCGGAGUAUUACUAG